AAAGGAGAUUCAGACUAAACAUCAGGAAGAACUUUCUGACAGUAAGAGCCAUUUGGCAGUGGAAAGGUCUCCCUCAGGAGGUGAUAGACUCUCCUUCCCUGGAGGUUUUUAAGCAGAGGUUGGAUGGCCAUCUGUCAUGGAUGCUUUAGCUGAGAUUCCUGCAUUGCAGGGAGUUGAACUAGAUAGCCCCCAGCUCUACAAUUCCAUGAUUCUAAGCUAGCUUAUGCAGAGUCCAACCAUUGGUGUCUACACUGAUUGGCAGCAGCUCUUUGCCCAACAUAGAGAAAUCUCCUUUACCAAAUCAGGCCAUUGGUCCAUUUAGGUCAGUACUGUCUCUAAGGUGACUGGUUGUGUUUCUCCAGAAUUUCAGACAAGGCUUCUUUCCCAGCCCUAUCUGAAGAUGCUAGGGACUGAACUUAGGACCCUCUGCAUUCAAAACAGAUGCUCUACUUCUGAGCGCUUUCUUGGGUUAUUGUUUAGGGGGUGCACCUGAGGGCUCCCGCUGCCAAGCAUCCCCCUAUAAUGGUUGCUGCACCCUGGUAGGACUGACCCUGCAGAGUGUGGAGGGCACAGUCAAUGGCGUUGCUGAUUUAGCUCAAACUUUGGUGAAGUUUGCUGAACUGAACUAUUUUAUUUGGGGGUGGGUAAUUUCGUCUUCCAUUUGAAAGCCCGGCUGGGGAAUUUCACCCUAUCAUUUCUUUUGAAGUCCAACCCUUAAUAUAGACACACCUUUUCCAGCCUCUAAUUUAGAAACCACAAAUGCUUCUUCUUUCCCUUUGACUUGUUUCCUCAUUGUAGAAACACCCAUCUUGUAGAUGACUUUCCUCCCCUAACCGGUCUGUCAUUGUGUCUACUUCUAUGAUGCAUCCCUGAUCUCACCUGGGUCUUUCAAGAGUUGCUGCUUGGGCUGGUGAGACAUACUUAGAAAUGCUGAGAAAGCUAGGGAGAGAGAAAAAGUAAUAAUAAUCAGGGAGUGCCUAAGCUCUCCUAACACAUAUAAAGCCAGGGGAAAUUGCCCUGUAACUCCACAUAGGUGAUGAGUUCCUUAGUGUCAAGCAAGAGUGAAGCAGGCUGAAAUCCACCCCAACAGAAUGUCCACAUCGGGUGUGAAGUGUGUCACCACACCAUGUGUCACGUCGUGCCCGGAUGCAAAAGUGGUGAUCCAUCCGCCACCAAUGGUCCUCACUCUACCAGGACUGAGCCUCACCACAGCCCCGAACCAAUGCCUGGUGGAAACCCAGACGUCGUGUCUCACCAAUGGCUCCGAGCUGUGUGGUGAUGGAUCUUCCACGGCACUUGUCACCAAAUCCUCUGGUCUGCGUGCUAUUUCCGGUGGAGACACCCCGUGUUGUACGACCACCUGCCCUGACUCGCAAUUGGUGAUACAGCCACCUCCUGUUUGCAUUACAAUCCCAGGUGCAGUCCUCACCAGCUACCCCAAUGAAUGCCUCAUCCAGACCUCAAACCCCUGUGUCCCUAGCAGUUCCCAGCCACAUGCCAUCACCCGCUCUACGUCAGUUUCUGACUGCUCCCUUACCCCACAGCGUAUGUCUCGUUCUACCUCUGUCCCAUGCGACCUCAAUAGCACACCGGCCUGUGUGACACAAGGCCCUGGUUCCAAAGUGGUGAUAUACCCACCACCGAUUGAGGUCACCAUCCCUGGCCCUAUUUUGGAAAUUGCUGCAGAGGAGUGCACGGUGGAGGUCUACAACCCGUGUGACAAUGCCGGUGCCAUCACCAGUGGUGAAGAGCGAUAUGCCAUCACCAGUGGCGAAGAAGGGGAAGUCAAAACCCUGACAGCACGUGCCUUGUCCUGCACUAAAGUGUGUGGGGUGUUGGGUGCUUCUUCUUCAUGCGUCUCCCAAGGACCAGAGAUGAAGAUUGUCAUCCAGCCCCCUCCAAUUGAAGUUGAGCUUCCUGGACCGAUUCUCCAAGUCUUCCCUGAAGCGUGCAAAGUGGAAACACUCACCCCAUGUGCUCCCGAGCCACAGGCACUGUGCAGCAGCAGUGAUCCAGCUACCUCAACAGCUCUUGCCACCAGGACCACCUCACUGCCCACCGUGAAACGUCCUCUGCCUGAUUUGAGAAGACCUGCCCGCCCUUGGGCUGAGAUGUACAGCCGGUCCAUAACUCCAAGGAGCAUUUUGGCCAAGACUUCCAGAUUUUCCAAAUACCACCAUGGCUUCAGCUCUUCAAGCUAUCAGUCAUCUUACUGAAUUCCUCCAUGCAUAUUCUACAAGAGAGACAGCUGGAAUAAAGAGGUGGCCUUCGUGGAUUGGCUGAUGAAGAAGAGCCUUCAUCCCAAAACACCUAUCAAAUAGAUGGACAAUAUUAAUUUCCCUUAAAUUCUUUGAAAGACAUAGCUAACAUGUGUUUUCUGUACUAUUGUGCCCAGUUAGGUCCCACAGGGAUCUAAGUGUACAUUGUUGAAAAGCCUGCAUUCCAUUGAUUGCAGUGUUUACAUGCCCUUAAUUGUAUCAUUUGUCUUUGGUUUUGUUUCUCUUAAAGGGGGCAUCACAAAUGAACAGAAGAAAUGGUGCCUUAGAGAGAGAUCAGGGUGUGUCUCUGAUUACUAGUUACUGGAAUCAAGAGUGAGGAGAGUUGAUGUUUCACUUAGGUCCUGCUUGAGGGUUUUGCAGAGGCAUCUACUUGGCCACUGUGACAACAGGAAACUGAACCAGGUGGGCCUUUGGCCUGAUCAGCAGAGCUAUUCUUAUGUGCAGCCCUGCUUUAAUUUCAUUUUUACUAUUGUAUUGUAAAUGGACCCAUAAUCUAAUGUGAAAUCAAGAGGCCGGGAUCAGGUAUCAUCACUAACUAUUGGUGAUGGGAGGUCCUCAACUAAUACUAUUACAUCAUUGCAAGGAUUUCUGCUUGUGCAAUGAGACUUGCCUUCCUCUGUUCUGCUCCCCAUGUUUUCCCUAAACCUUCUCCAGAGGAUUUGCAGAAGAACCCAUUGGUCAGAUUUAGGGGAGGAAAGGGGCAGAACAUUCAAUUGCACAAGCGGAAAUCAUUGUGCUGAACGGAACAUUCACACGGCACUGUGAUGGAUCCAACCCACAAAUCCUAAGCAUCCUCACAAAAAAGGAGGUCCCCUUCACCUCAACAGCAUUUACUUCUGAGUAAACAACCACAGAGCCACAGGCUGCACAAGAGGUUAAAUAGUCCAUGCAGUGGGAGGAAAUGGAGACUGGAAGAUUUAGCUCAUAGGUCGCAUUGCGUUUUUAAAUACUGAUAUAUUUAAAAUGAUUUUAUCAUAAUUUAAAGAAAGCCUUGUUUUGAUCAUGUGUGAAAUGUUGUUGUUUCUUGUUUUUAAUUUAGGGGAAAAAACCCAUUUGUCAAAGUGUAUAUUUGUCUAAUAAUAAAGCAAGCGAUGACUUCUCAAGCUGGUGUUUUAUAAUGCUUAUGUGCAACCGGAAUGGUGGUGGGGUUUUGGAAACCAUGCCCUAUGAGGAGUGGCUGAAAGAGCAUGGGUCUUCAUAUAUCUUA